AUGACAGUUAUCCAAGAUUCAAUUGUCAUCGACAGGGAAGCGGAAAUUGUUCGGAAAGUAUUUUUAGACUUUGCAGCUUAUCCGACUUGGAAAUCAUCGUGCAUUCAAAAAAUUACGGUAACAACCCCAAGCAAGACUUCAAAUGACUCAAUUGUUCCGGGGGAUACUCUACAGGUGAGAAUUGUUCUCCCUAACUCAAAGAAGGAGAAUGUAUUCGAUCCCGAAGUCGUAGAAAACUCAGAAGAGCGAUUUUCAUGGAAAGGUAAACUGGUUUUAGAUUCUAUCUUUUCUGGUAAACACACAUUUGAAUUCUGUCCUAUCGAGAAUGGCAGCAAGACCAAGUUUGUUCAAACAGAAGAAUUCAAUGGACUGCUGGCGUGGCCUAUACUCAAGUUUAUUGGAAAGGAUACAGUGAAGGGCUUUUCCGAGUUUAAUCAAAGAUUCAAGGAACAUGUGGAAAAAUGUGAGUUUUGA